ACCAGAUUACACUAAGGAUCAGACUCUUGAAUCAAACACUGGUACAGUCCAAAUCAACUUUAUUCGAUCUUGGGGGGGAAGGAGGAGAGUGGAGUGUGGGUGAAUUGAGUAAUUGUUUGAAAGGACGGGAAAAAGGUGCUUGCUUACUUGGUGAGAAGAACUGGGGAAACAAGUACUAAUCCAAGACCGGUAGGUAGUUCCACAUUUAUGUGUUCCUGUCUCUUUCGCUUUUGACAUCAUUGUCAUCUCGCAAAACAAAGAGACAACUUCACACCGUAAGCCAAUACAUCAAGCUUGCUUGGUGAUCACUUUUAUCCUUGCAAGCUGUUGAAGAAGCAAAGCGGAGAUUUUAUCGAGACUUUGGAUUUGAUCGAAACGGUAUCUUUGAGGACAUGUCAUCAGCUAAAGGUGCAAAAGGGGCUACUUAUGCCCGCGCCUUGGACGCCGCUCGUUUACGUGGUCAAUGGGAAGAUAAUCAACAAAGCGGAACAGGAAAGGAUAUCCCUUGGGCUGAAUUGAUAAGAAAGUAUAUGAAACAUAAUCCAAACGAACAAAUCACUCCAAGCGUUGCAACGGCAGAACAACAAAUUCGUUCUGCCCUUCUUGCAUUUUAUAAGGAUAAAGAUUUUGAUGAUUCUCAGCAUUUGAGUGAUUUUGCAGGAUUCAAAGGUGUUGGCAAAACUGUCUUUGAACCAAUCUUACCCAUUGAUGGAUCCGGUCAAGGAUGGUCAGGAGAAGGAUUCGCAAAUGCAAUCGAACAAUUGGACAAAUUACGCUCUUCUGCUCGGAAUACGCUCACCAAACAAACAGUAGCAGCUUUGCAAGCAUUUGCUCAAUUUGCUUCUGGUCAAGAUGAGAAUGCUGUUGAAUUGUUGCAUGAAGUACGUUUCCUGGAAGAUGUGGAUCGCGAAGCAGUCAAAUCGGGACAAGCUGAAGGCGACUAUACCGCAGCAAUCAUCAUGAUGGGCUUCACAGUAUACGGAAUGGCCAACGAACGAUUGUUUGAGAAGCGCAAGGAUGCAGGUUACGUCCCUUUCGCUCUUGCUGGAUAUGCAAGCUCGAUUGAUGUACAUGAAGCUUUGCGUGGAGGAAAAGCAGCAAAGGCUUUACGUGGUCUACCACCAGAUGAAAUUGAAAGGUGGGGAGAGACUGCAUUGUAUCGUAAUGCACUUUUCAGCGUUCGUCAUGGAAGUACGCCUGCUUUAGGAUUGAAUGCUUUGAGAGCAUACCAAGCAAAUGCAGGUCGUUGGACAGCCAAUUUCCGUACACCGCAAAGACUGGUCAUCUUCCGCACCUAUCUUGCCGUUUUAAAUCAAUCUCUCGUUUCAGGCGUUUACAGAUCACCACCAGCAGGCGUAGAGUUAUCAAAAGAUGAUUGCCGUAGCGCAGCUUAUCAAAGCUCAGUGAUGGCCCUUGCUGCUUCCAGAGUGGAAGUGCGUGAUUUCGAAAGUGAACGUAGGUCUAGAUUACAAGCCGAUCAAAAGAACACACUUAACUCAUCUGGCAAGAAUCACAGCGGCCAUAUCGGUCCAAGAACAACAUCCAAAAGAAGGCCAGCACCUUGGAGAGAAUUCAGUCCUUCUUCAUCUUGGUGGACAAAUGAAUUCUUGACAGCCCAAAAGACUGCUGCUGAAUGUUUGGAACGCACAGCAGAGUUCCCACGAGCAGGUAAAGUGAACAAAGCGGCACUUGAACUUGCCGAUGAAUUGAUCAAAGGAUGGCGUGUGAACGGAGAACGUGGUGGAUUUGAAGCAGACGAAUUGGUGGAUAUCCUAUAUACACUCAGCCGCUUCACUUUCCACUCUCAACGUAUCUCAAGAUUAUUGUUCAACGUUUUGGUCGCUGCUGAGAAUUAUGAAGAAGCCAAGAAAGCGUUGCAACUGUACAUUCAAAUCGUUGACAAAGCACGCGAAGGAGAUGCUGCUGAUGCAGCUGGAUUAGUAGAGGAAGCCAAGAGAAGAGAGCAAGGUAAAGAAGGACCAACAAAAGUGAUCAGAGAAGCACAAGACGAAGACGAAGAAGAUCAAAAGAUUGCAUUGAAAUCGGAAGAAGCAAAAGCUAGCGCUCAGGAAGUGCACGUAGACCAUGAUUCCGAUCAAGUCUACAUUGAUACCCUUUUGACGGGAGCUUAUGUUUAUACACUUUAUCUUCAUGAUGCAAGAGGUGGGGAUGCUUUGGCAAGAAAAGCAAGUGAGUUGCUUGCUAACAACGAAGUUGGCAGAGAUCACGUCCUCUUAGCAAAGUCGAAACGUAUCUCGGGAGCGGUCAGAAUAGCUUACAGUAGACAAGAAAAUAAUGCUCUACUACGUCCACAACAGCAAGAUGACGCACUGUCCUUGUUGAAGCAAUCAAUCACAUUCGACGAUCAAAGCUCAGAGACAUACUACCAGCUUGCCCAAUUACAGAGCGAAUUGAACGAUAUCAAGUCUGCUGUUCGAUCUGCUCGUAGAGCAGUAGAACUGGAACCAGCUCAAGUGGAAUAUUGGCACUUGCUUGCUCUGCUGGUCUCUGCACAAAAAGAUUAUCGUGGAGCUUUGCGUGUAGCGGAAGAAGGAUUGGCAGAAGCUGAAGAUGAUGAUGAAGCUGAUCAAGAAUCCCACGAGCCUGUGGCUGUUAACGGUACAUCGGCUAAUGGAACAUUGUCCAAACUUUCGCCUGUUGCAAGUGCAAACGCAAAGCGGACGACAUUACUCAGUGUCGAUUUUCCUCCCAGCUCAAGGCAAAGAUCGGAAAGCAUUCUUCGUUUGAUGAUUACGCAUAAUGCAUUAGAAGAAUUGGUAGAAGGAGCACAAGCUGCGAUUGAAGCACAACGGGAGAUCUUUGAAUUCUUCCAUAACCGCUUGGCGACGCAUCAACACGCACAAAGACAGAUUGUCCCCUCUUCUUCUUUGAUGAACGGUCGUCCAAAUGCGAACGGAAAUGGUACUACUGGUGUGGUCAACGGUCAUUCCCAGAACCAUCAUACCCACAGAUUUUCUACUCUACUGCAUGGACCAGGUCAAUCAAGCAACAGAUUCCAUUCUUUGACAGGAUUAGGACAUAGUGGAAGUGGUCAUAAUUUAUGGGACGGAACAAAUAAUACCGUUUCAUCAAAGCAUGAUGGUGGUGCUGUAGGCGCUAGUGGAAAUUCUGCUCAACCUGCUGUUGCCCGUGAUGGCGAGGAUGACCACGUUCCAAUUACCAGCGUUGAGAUUCGCAAUGCAAGACACCACAAAGAAGAAGUUGCUUUGUUGUCCUCUCUUUGGCUCAUGGCAGCAGCUACAUUCAGACGAAAUGGAAGUUUAUCCGAAUGCAGGGUCGCCGUCCAAGAAGCCGAACGUGUGGACCCUGCAUGCGGGGAUGUUUGGCUACAAUUGGCUUUGUGGUUUGAACGACAACCUACUGAGCACGUUGAUGAACCUUCAACGGGUUUGGCGAUCCAAUCUUUGUACAAAGCAAUGUCAUGCAAGCAAGACCACGUUGGAGCGGCGGUACAUUUGGCAAGAUUGUUUAUUAGCAAUCCAUUGUACCCGAGCCUACAACAAGAUGCAAUCAAGUCGGGAAUACCAUCUUUGAAAGACGUUGCUAGUCCUUUACCGCAAACGACUGAAAAUUUCCAGGCAAGCAAAUUGGCAGGAGAACUUUUGACAAAGACGCAAAGUAGAAAGAUUUCCGCUCCUACGCCUAAAUCAGACAGUGCUGCUGAUGAUCGAGAUGAGACAAACUCUGCAUUGGUAGAAGAAAGAAAGCGAGCAGCAACGUUGAGUAUGGCAGAAGGAUUAUUGGUCAAUUUAACUCAAACCAGCGGUUGGUCUUCACCUGAAGCAUGGUUGUAUUUGAGUAAGGUUAUGCAACAGACUGGAAGACCUGAACGUCAAAGGGAAUGUUUGGAAUAUGCUCUGCAGCUAGAGCGUACAAAGCCAGUUCGACCUCUUACGGCAGCUUUGCGACCAAGUUGCUGAUUCGUGUACAUGAUAGAAUGUUCUUUGUUUGCUGUCCUUUUUUGCUUCUUUUUACCCGAUCUUCAUUGAUUAUAUUUCAUUUGAUUCUCUUUUCCAAUCCCGCUCAUUUAUUCCUAUUAUGUGUUCUUUUCCCUCUUUCCGGGCUUACUAUACACAUCCAAAUACCAUUCCGAGUUGACUUUUACGCC